UAGGAAGAGACGCGUCUGUUCAAUUUUGAAUGGAAACUUCUAGGUUUUACAAAAUAAAAUCAGGUCGAUCACCGUAUAACUCUGCGUAGCGGCAAACCUUGAAAAUAUCCAACAUGGAGAACAUGAAGAAAGAGGAAUAUCUUGCCACUUUAAAAAGGAACAGUAUUGGGUUUUCAAGGGGUGUAUCAAUGUACAAAGGAGUGAGAAGGGCUGGUGAAAGAUGGCAAGCUGUAAUGAAGAGUGUCGCAAACAAGCGCCCACAUCUUGGAACUUUCGGUACGGAAAAGGAAGCAGCCGACGCAUAUGACAUUGCUGCAAUAAAAUCCAAAGGUGUAAGUGCAGUUACCAAUUUUCCUAUUGGUAACUAUGAUGUUGAACAUAUAUGUUCAAGUUCGACGCUAAUUGGUGGUGGUAUUGGAAAACGUCCAUCGCCUCAGAAGUCUUCGUCGUCUGUUGCUGCCAUCGUAAAUGAGUCAGUCGGAGUUCCUAAUCUGGCUUUCUGCCUUUAACACAUGUGUAUUUGCUACUAUAAUGUGGUCUAAUAACAGUGCUGCUUCUGUGAUGAUAUAGUCCCAACGAAAUAGACUAUUUCCGGAUGGGAUUGGCUUAAUCUUAUAACAGUCUUUUUCUUUUUGGUAUCAA